UUUGUGUAAUGCUCUUGUAAACAUUUAAUCGCAUUCUGUUCCGUCUUGUUUUACAGAGAUGCGGGCACUUUUCCAUAGCAGAUCGAGUGACAAACGCAGCCAGAAGAAGAUGGAUGUCGGCGCCGCCACCCCGGGGCUCCUCUCCGCUCUGCCCUUUAGUCGCAGUGGGCAAACUGCGUGGAUUAAACUAAUGUACUCCCCUGAGCUGAUGUUUGAUAUACGUUAAUUGUCAAUGCACAAGACAACAUGAGCGCACACACACAUACGAUCUGUGCACAGCUUCUGGCUAAGUGGCCGGGGCGGGACGCUGGGACGAGGCGGGGACAGCAGGCAGGCGGGCGGGCAGCGUGCUCGUCUGGGUUGGUGGACAGCUGAUUGUCCGUGUUAUUAACUGUGUUUGGGGGCGUCACCGUUCGCUUUGUAGACCACGCCUCCCUCACCUACUAGUUCUCUCCUGUUUGGCAUCCCAGAGAUGGUCCAAAGUGAUCCCUCAGGGAAGAAUAGAGCGCAAAGCACCGGAUCAGGAGCUGACGAGGAGUGGAACAGACGCUGUUGCCCAGGACUGCUUCUUAAUUGCGCGUAAUCUCCCGUUUUCAUUCAUCUGAACAGAGGAGAAGUAAAUAAAACGACGGAGCUUGGAAGCGUGUUUCAUCUCCUUGGUUUUCCUUCACACCGUGGACUGUUUGCAAGGAAAAAAGUGACAUUUUGCUUGUGUUUCUGUCAGCUGCACCUUGAUCCGGGGGACUGCCGCCAAGUCAGUGCAGCCUCUCAUCCUGCGCUUCCCCUUUCAUCGCUCUCAACGGUGUUCAUCUUCACAGCUGCUGCUGCUGCUGCCGCUGCUGCCGCUGCUGCUUCCCCCUCUUCUUCUUGUGGAGUCGCUGACAUGAGGUGCAGCUAACCCUGGAUGCUGACAGCUCCCCUUUUCCUUCCACAUGUCGCAUAUUUUUGUUUACUUUGAGAAACACACGUGCAACUAAACGCCAAGUGAAAUAGACCACGCCACUUUGCUACUCUGACAGUGCGAUCAAACAGACGCAAGAGGAGGGAAGGCAGGAAGAAGACAAAAAAGGAGGGAGCAAAGGAGAGGAGGAUAGAGAGAGAGUGAGAGAGAGAUAGCGACGGUGUGAAGGUGCGUUUUGAUGUUUGGCAUCCACGAGAGCAUCCAGAGGAGUGGGAGUAGUAUGAAAGAAGAGCCCAUGGUGGCCGGGAUGAACGCGGUUCGGACAUGGAUGCAGGGCGCCGGAGUGCUGGACUCCAACACAGCCGCCCAGAGCGGAGUGGGUCUGGCUCGGGCACACUUCGAGAAACAGCCGCCCUCCAAUCUUCGCAAGUCCAACUUCUUUCACUUCGUCCUGGCUUUGUACGACAGACAGGGCCAGCCGGUGGAAAUAGAGAGAACUACCUACAUCGACUUUGUAGAGAAGGAUAAGGAAACGACGGGGGAAAAGACCAACAAUGGGAUCCAUUAUAGGCUUCAGCUCCUCUACAGUAACGGGAUCAGGACUGAGCAGGACUUGUAUGUUCGUCUCAUCGACUCUAUGACUAAACAGGCGAUUAUCUAUGAGGGCCAGGAUAAAAACCCAGAGAUGUGUCGGGUCCUGUUGACCCACGAGAUCAUGUGCAGUCGAUGCUGCGAUAAGAAGAGUUGUGGCAACAGGAACGAGACCCCAUCAGACCCUGUCAUCAUCGACAGGUUCUUCCUCAAGUUCUUCCUGAAGUGUAACCAGAACUGCCUGAAGAAUGCAGGGAACCCUCGGGACAUGAGGCGUUUUCAGGUGGUUGUGUCGACUACGGUGAGCGUGGAAGGUCACGUCCUGGCCGUGUCCGACAACAUGUUUGUGCACAACAACUCCAAACACGGACGCCGGGCCCGAAAACUGGACCCCUCGGAAGGGACUCAGUCCUACCUGGAACACGCGACCCCCAGCAUCAAAGCCAUCAGCCCCAGUGAAGGCUGGACCACAGGGGGCGCUACCGUCAUCAUCAUCGGGGACAACUUCUUCGACGGGCUGCAGGUCAUCUUCGGAACAAUGCUGGUCUGGAGCGAGCUGAUCACCCCCCAUGCCAUCCGUGUGCAAACUCCACCCAGACACAUCCCCGGGGUGGUGGAGGUCACGCUGUCCUACAAAUCCAAACAGUUCUGCAAAGGCACACCUGGACGCUUCAUCUACACAGCACUAUCUGGGGGAGGCAGAGAGGGAGGCAGGGGGGAGGGAGGAAGGGAGGAGGGACGGAAGAGAGGGGAGACUGGUAGAGGAGGCCUGCUCGGCGUGAUUGAGAGAUGUAGAGGCCCUGGGAAGGAGGUGAUCUUAAAGAGAGCAGCAGACCUUGUGGAGGCCUUGUACGGGAUGCCUCACAAUAACCAGGAGAUGAUUCUGAAACGAGCAGCAGAUAUUGCAGAGGCGCUCUACACGACGGUGCCACGGGGGCACAACCAGCUGUCCGGCCUCGGCAGCGGCUCCGUCCAUGCUGGCAUGAUGGCAGUUAACUCCUUCACUGGGUCGGAGGUGGCACAAACAGCCAAUCAGGGUUACAGUAGGAACACGAGCAGUGUCUCCCCUCAUGGUUAUGUCCCAAGCUCAACUCCGCAGCAGAGCGGCUACAGCACCACUAGCAUGAAUGGCUACUCUAACUCUGGCAUGGCAACCUUGGGCACCUCGCCCAACUUCCUCAAUGGAUCUGCAGGCAACUCGCCCUAUGCUAUCGUUCCGUCCAGCCCCACCAUGGCCUCGUCCACCAGCCUGCCCUCCAACUGCAGCGGCUCCUCCGGCAUCUUCUCCUUCUCCCCCGCCAACAUGGUGUCCGCCGCCGUCAAGCAGAAAAGCGCCUUCGCCCCCGUCGUGCGACCACAGAACUCCCCCCCGCCCACGUGCAACAACGCUACUAAUAACGGCCUGCAAGCGAUUCCCGGGAUGAUCGUUCCACCCAUGUAGAGGAUCUGGGAUGGCUGGAGAUUUGGGAAUGUUUGAGAGGGGGAAAAGUCACAGUAGCAGAGUCUGGCGAGUCUCUGUUGGGCUCCGGAGCUGAACUGAAGGAAGUGAAGAUAAGACGCAGGACUCUGUUAAACUCAGGCCUUUCCAUUGGGAUUUCAUCUGAAGGGAUAAGGGGAGGAGAGGAACAAGGAACAAUACGAACCUUUGUGAUGUAAUUUCCCUCUUGGUUGAAUUAGUGUAGCUUCUCUGACACCGCGUUGGAUGGAGUGUAUAGAGACUGAUAGUUUACCCACAGUGUGACACUGACCUCAUGAAAAGAGCAUUUAUUUAUCUUUUAUGUUUAUGCCUGUAAGGUUUGGGUUUGAUUAGCGGAGGCCCCACGCCGUCUCGCAAACCGUAACUCACACAAACAACAGUGAAGAGUUGGUUUGGCCAUGAAGUUUGCGUAACCUCUGUCACAAUAGAAGAUUCUUUCUUUAGUGAAACCACAUAACAACACACUAGCCAAAUGGAGCUAAGGUCAACAACAACACAAAAACAAAGAAAUACAGAAAAGUCAACCUUCAACUUUGCUGCUAAUUAUCCCAUUUAUCUAAAAAUGGCAUAAGAAAAUCGCCCUAUGCUAAUUCCACAUCAGAAACCAUGCCUUUCUUUUAUUUUCCUCCCCGUUUGGUUUGUUUGUUUGUUUGAAUUUUAAUAAAACUGUGAGGAUUGAGCUGUUUGCAAUAUGCUUUUCUGCUUGUCAUGUGAAGAAAAAGGUGGUGGUUUAGCCAAAAUUGACAUUUUGUCUGAGAUUUGAGUGAAAAGCCAGAGGAUGUGUGUGUCCAGCCAGCACUGUACUGAAGGAGUCUAGCAAAUAUCAAAUUAGAAUAAAUGCGUGAUAUAUGUGAUAUAUUUUUGUAUAUAAAAAAAAUCAUUUGAUGUUUCUUUUUCUUUUUUUGCAAUAGCUAUAGUUUGAAAUGUAAACAUUAAAAUGUCUUAAGGCAGCUUCUCAAUACAGAAAAUAGAUAUACUGUGUGUUGUCAAUAUCUCAUCUGCUAAACAUGACAAACAUGGAUUCGGAUACAAAAAGGGGAUUCUGUAAAAUAUCCUAUAAAUAAUGUAUUUAUCCCUUGUAUUUGUACAUUGCCUCUCACCCUCGUUUAGUUGUAUUGUGUAAGUUUAAUACAGUAAGUGAACAUAUUUCACAGUGUUUUGUUUCGUUAUUUACUGUUGUCUCUCACUAUUUAAAUGUGACUUUUUUUAAAAUCUUUUUUGUUUUGUAUGUUGAUUGUUUUGCAUUGGUGAACCAUGCUUUCAGUUGUUGAUUCAAAAACAUGCCAUUGUCUAUUUUUGUAUUAUUUGUAAGUUAAUAAAACAUUUCAGUUUAUUUCCUUAUGAAAAUGUUUAUUGUAUGGCAAAAAAGUAGCAUCUUAUUCAGAGUAUUUGGUUGAAGUAGAUUUUUUAAGAAUAUAUACACACAUUAAUAUAUACUGUAAAUCUAUAUCUUUUUGUUGGGGCUUUCAGAUUGAUCCUGUUCUUGAACUGAUAAUAUGCAUGGGUUCUUCUCUUGAGUGACACUUUCUUUUUGUGUGUGUGGAAACCAAGAGAACUAAUUGCUCUGUGUUUUUCUUUCUUUGAGUUCUUCUUUUUCCCCCUCUGUUCUUUCUUUUCCUAUGUUAUUUAUGCCUGCUUACAUACUGUAUCUAUAUACUCUUUCUUUUUUUCUGUCACUGUAAUCUUUACCAGCAGUCUAGAUGCCUUAACAAUGCAAACCCAUUCUUCAUUCAAUCACAUGUACAGUUUUCUACCCUCACCACAAUUGUCUAUUGCCACAGAGGAAUUCAUGGGAACUUGGGGACAAAGCACAAACACACUGUUUGGUGGUGAAGCCAGACUAGAAUACAAAGAGCCAUAAUUCAACAAUCACACACACCCCGAUGUACUAUAAUAUACAGCAAUGGCACGCUUUGAAGGAGGCGCGUCCCAGCAGUGCUCAUUGCACUUUAGUGUUCACAGAAACACUUUUCUUUGGUAGCGAUUAUGUAGCGUUUUUUCAAAUUAAUUAAAUGAUUUCAUCCGCAUGUUGGUAAUAUUUCUCGUUAACCACUGGAUCACAACAGUGUGACAACACAGAGCCGUUUUAAUUGUAGUACAAAGGGGCGCACAGUGAGGAGAAACACUGUCACAGCACAAUUUGAAUCUCACACAUGGAGUCGUAGGUCUGACUCUAGUAUCUGACAUCCGAUCACCACAGUCCUGCUCUCCAUGUAUCAGCCUUUGGACAAUACAGCUUCAUUACAAGCUAAACAGAACAAGAACAAGUGAGGAAGCAUGAAAGGGGGCUCCUUGGCCCCUCAGCCAUUUCUGUAGUCUUUUCUUUGUGUCUGCCGUGUGUCUUCAAGCUGUUGCUGGACAGAGAAUAGGGCUUUUCUCUCUGCUUUUCUUUCCUAGAGCCUGGUUUUGUUAAGUGGGUAGAAAGGAGCGUUUUAACAGAGGCGCCUGCUGACAGACGAGUGUUUUUCGGGCACUUGUGUGCUUGUGCUGGUCGGGGCCGGGCGGGAGGGGCAGCACCAUAUCUGUUUCAAAUGAACUACAGAGGUCUGUUGUCAUACAAUGGCUUCUUUGUAAGCAAAGUUCCAUCCUGAUUAUGAAUAUUGGUAAUGGGUGACAGCGUUUUGUAUUUAGGUAACAAACAAUGAAAAAAAAAAAGAUGCAAACCAAAUAGCUGGUGUCUAUUUUUCCCUCUGUUUUGUCUUUGACUGCAAACACACUGAACAGCUCUAUGAUAUAAGGGAAGAAAAAAAAAUUCUACUGUAUAGAUUGUUAUUGUUUUUGAUGAAAAUUGAGCUGUAAGAUAACUUUUGGACUCUCACAAUGUUGAAUUAAAGUUAUCUCUUG